AUGUUGGAGAAUGCAGAAGCAGCUAAUGUCAAAACUCGUUUCCUGGUCUUUUCCGACACACACGGACUUGCUAGUCCACCAGACUUUGUCUUGCGCCAAUAUGCGGAUGUCGCGAUUCACUGCGGAGAUCUCACUACAGAAUCGAAGAUCGACGAGUUCAAAGCCUCGAUUUGUUUCCUGCAAGCCAUGAAUGCCCCUCUUAAACUUGUGAUAGCCGGAAACCAUGACUUCACUAUGGACACCCCAAUCUUCCAGAGGAAACUUGCAGAAUCCCAGCCCUUGGACCCUCGAUUAGUUCAAAAGGUCUAUGGCAACUACGAAGAAGCUCGAGGGUUAUUCAGCGAGAAAGAGACGGGCAUCACUUUUCUAGAUGAAGGUAUCCACCAUUUUCGCCUACAAAACGGUGCUCGAUUGAACGUCUACGCCAGCCCAUACACCCCUUCGCUUGGCGAUUGGGGAUUUCAGUAUCAUCCCCACCGCGGGCAUGACUUUCGAAUCGAGAAUGUCGACGUCGUGAUGACGCAUGGGCCGCCAAAGGGUAUCAUGGAUUACACAAACUCUGGCCAGCACGCCGGCUGCCCGCAUCUUUUCAAGGCUAUAGUUCGAGCCCGACAUCGACCCCUGAUGCAUUGCUUUGGCCAUAUCCACGAAGGAUGGGGUGGCAAGCUUGUCCGAUGGCGCGACAAAGUCAGUCCAGAGCCUUCUCACCUGACUGAUAUCGAUAACGAACAGUCUGUUCUCAUAUCCCGACUCUCCACUCUCCGAGGUAAAGGGAAUCCCACAGAGUGCUCUACUACUAGUAAUUGCUCGGAGUAUUACAAUCCGCUGAAACGGGGCUCUGAAACGCUUUUUAUCAACGCCACCCUCGAGGGCUCCCAGGAUCUUUUGAUACAACCACCAUGGCUUGUCGACCUUGAUCUUCCUGCAGCGGCGUGA